AAUCAACAGUCACCCUUCGUUCGCCACUUCAGCAGCAAGCAGAGAACACUAGAGAACUAUCCGCAAUGGCAUUCAGCAUUGGUCACCUUCUCAUCGCCGGCGUCUUGGCCCUGUCCGCCGUGUCCUCGGAGACUAUCCAGCUACAGCCCACGCAGGGCAUCCUCAUCCCGGCGCCGCUGGCCGAGAACAUCCGUGUGUCGAGAGCUGCCUACGGCGGCUAUGGAGCUGCACCUGCCCCCGCUGCUCCCGCCUACUCGGCUCCAGCUGCUCCCGCCUACUCCGCUCCCGCUGCCCCCGCCUACUCCGCCCCCGCUGCUCCGGCCUACUCCGCCCCCGCUGCCCCCGCCUACUCGGCUCCAGCUGCUGCCCCCGCCUACUCCGCUCCCGCCGCCCCCGCCUACUCCGCCCCGGCCUCCAUCCCGUCGCCGCCGUGCCCCAAGAACUACCUGUUCAGCUGCCAGCCCUCCCUGCAGCCGGUGCCCUGCUCCGCCCCAGCUCCUUCCUACGGAUCGGCCGGCGCCUACUCGCAGUACGUGCCCCAGUACGCCGUUCCCUUCGUCCGAGAACUGUAGGGCCAAGGACCGAUCGAAAUACCUGGACAAUUGAACCUAUCAAUAAAGUAAUGCAAUUAUAAAAAAA